GGGCAUGGAUCCUGUUGUGGUUUUGUGCAGUUGCGAUGCAGUGAAGGAAGCUCUAAUGGACAAUGCGGAGGACUUCGGUGCCAGGGGGCAUAUGCCACUUCUGGACAGGAUAACUUCUGGAGGGCAUGGUAAGGAUCAAGACUGGAUUUUAUUUAUAUCAAUAUUGUAUAACUGACAGAUGGUUAAUGCAAUGUCCUGACUUGCUAAUUCAUAGUACAUAGUACAGUUCACAUUCCAUUGAAAUGUCUAUGAAACUCAAAGUGAUCUCAUUGGAGUUGGGGUGGCUACCUCAACUUCAAUAUAGCAGGAAAGGAAAAGGAAAAGCCCCCCAGUCCAUUGGCUCCCUAGGACAAGCCCCCGUUGUAUAUCUCAUACAGGUGUAUCUCAUACUGGGGGGGAGCUUAAAACCUGCGCUCCCGUAUCCUUGCUGUAUGCUGUAUGCUUGCCGGGUGGUCGGCAGUAAUGGUGAACGCUGGAAACAACUACGCCGCUUCUCUCUGAUGACAUUAAGGAACUUUGGGAUGGGUAAAAGGAGCAUUGAAGAGAGAAUUCAAGAAGAGGCCCAGUUCCUUAUGGCAGAAUUCCGAAAGGCCAAAUGCCAACCACUGGACCUAACUUUCUAUUUUGCCAAAGCUGUUUCAAAUGUCAUCUGUUCGGUGGUCUUUGGAGAUCGAUUUGAGUAUGAGGACAGAGAAUAUCUGAUGCUCCUGGGUCUCCUAGAUGAAAUCUUCAAAGGUUUUAGCUCUGUUUGGGGACAGAUGUACAAUGUCUAUCCUAAAGUUAUGGGAAAACUCCCAGGGCCUCAUCAAAAAAUGUUCAAUGCUAUUGAUGGUAUUCAGGAAUUUAUAACAAAACGUGUAAAAAUGCAUAAGGAAACUCUGGAUCUCAACAAUCCUCGGGAUUUCAUUGACUGCUUCCUCAUUAAGAUGGAACAGGAAAAGAACAUUCCUGAAACUGAGUUUCAUAUGGAAGGCAUUGUCAAUACAACAUUUGAUUUGUUUGGUGCUGGGACUGAAACUGUUAGCACAACACUGCGUUACGGAUUGAUGAUUCUCCUCAAGCAUCCAGAUGUUGAAGAACGCAUCCAUCAAGAGAUUGACAAAGUCAUUGGAAGAAACAGGGCUCCGUGUGUAGAAGAUCGCUCUCGUAUGCCCUAUGCGGAUGCUGUAAUCCAUGAAAUUCAAAGAUUUAUUGACCUCAUACCAUUGGGUAUCCCACACAAAGUAGCGCGGGACCUGAAGUUUAGAGAUUUUUUUAUUCCCAAGGGUACGACCAUCUACCCCUUGCUCAGUUCUGUUCUACGAGAUCCGAAGCAGUUUAAAUACCCAAAUGAGUUCAAUCCCGGACAUUUCUUAGAUGAUCAAUGCAAGUUUAGGAAAAAUGAUGGAUUCAUGCCAUUUUCUUCAGGAAAACGAAUCUGUCUCGGAGAAGGCCUCGCAAGAAUGGAGCUCUUCCUGUUUUUCACCACCAUCUUACAGAACUUCACUCUUCGGUCACACGUGGACAAAGAAGAAAUAGACUUAACACCUUUAAUGAGUGGAUUUGCUAAUUAUCCUCAUCAUUACCAGCUGUCCUUCAUCCCACGCUGAUUUAUUUUAAACUUUUUUUGAGUCAAAUUUAUUUUUGCCUUUUGGCAUUUAGGAGAACAAAGGGUCUCAUAGUUGGAGGCUUAUAUUCACUUGGCAACAACUGUUAUGGUAAGAGAGAAACAAUUGGCAUUCGGUAGAACACAUCAAGUUAAAAUACUUAAAGAAGCACUCCAGGUUUUUUUUUUUUCUUUAUUGCCGAUAUCAUGCACACUCACCAUCACUAGUCCUACAGCACCAUUUGUUUCAUUCCAGCACAGCUGCAUUCAUGUGUUUUAUUAUUCUAAUUUGGUCAUGUGAUCACUAAUCUGACUCUCCAAAUCUUCCAGUGCCUAAUGGUUAAAACAGGAUGUCAGACUCUGACUUUCUGUGGACUACAGGAUGACAUCAUCACCUACUAGAUCCCUCCUAUUAGCUCCCAGACUCCUCCCCCAGCUCCAUCUGCUAUUUCUAUGGGAUAAGGAUAUAUCGUAGUAAUAUAUCUCCCAUACAUCUACCUGUAUACUGCUGCUAUCUCUAUGGUAUCAGGAUAUACAGUAGCUAUACACUUCCCCAGCUCUAUCUGUAUACUGCUACUGCUAUCUCUAUGGAUCAUGAUAUAUUGUGGUUAUACACUUCCCCUGAGGCUGCGUUUUCACACUGCAUUUCUUACAGCUUUUUUCAGUUUUUUUUUGCUUUUUUUUGCUGUGAUUUCCCCCAAUCAUGACAAAAAUGCAGAAUGCACUGCAAUUGUGCAUAAUAUGAUAAAAAAAACUAAUUUUUUACCACAAUUUUGGAAAAUCUCAGCCAAACUGCAGUAAAAUGUUUGGAAAAAAAUGCAGUAAAAAUGUAAUGUGUAAAAAGAACCUACACAACCAAAAGACUUCAAAUACUCUUAACAAAACCGUCAAUUGUGAUUAUAGGUCAAAUCACUUUGCCUCUUGGCAAUAGUUCUCUAUAAAAAGGGGCUUUGAGUGGGAAAACGUAUCAGAACUGCAUAGUGUGAACUGACACCAAUAUACUAAUGAGUCUAAUGAGUUGACUUGGGUGAUAUCCAGAAUUAGAAGCCUAACUAGAUGACCAGCUGGAGUGAUCAACCAUCUGAUCCUCAGUCAGAGGAUUCAUGGGAAAUGUAGGCUGCAUUACAGAACCCAC